AGGAUCGGGCUCAGUCCUGGGCAAUCAGCACACGCGUUGUUUUCAGACUCGCCGGCGUGGGGUGGCGUGCCUUAUGGGUCCUUCUCGGCUGCCGUAGUAGAUACCGUCGCUAGCGUUUUGGCAACAGACGCAUAUUGGAACAUACAGUACUUUGCAGGAUCCUCGUUGUAUUUGUGCUUGUCAGCAGGUUUAAUGGUGCGUUUUUAAGAUUUCCAAUGGAGAUAAAUGAGAUGGCAGGCCAGUAGCAUGAGACAAGUGACUGCAGGAUUCCAGGCUUUGACCAACUGACCAACGUAGACAUCUGCAGCCUCCAGACCGGCGCGCCCCCCCCACACUCAGGUGCAUGACCGCCCCCCGGGACAGGUGAGGGGGCGGUUGCACAUGCAGACGGAGAAGAAGCCUCCGGUGUUUGCUGUGAAACGCGAGGAGCUGCGGCAUAGCUACGAGGGCGCUCGCGAGGGUCAGCAGCCAGGACGCGGCCGCAGCCGGGAGGACAUGGGAGCCGUGAUGGGGCCCGUGUUGCUAUGGCUGCAGGACGUUACCGCGGUGACGCUGCUGAGGGCCAGACGCACACUGCUGCAGGUGGCCGUAGUGCUGCUUGUCCUGCUCCUGCUCCUCUGGGUGUCCAUCUUCCUCUACGGCAGCUUCUACUACUCCUACAUGCCCUCGGUCAGCUACGCCACACCUGUGCACCUGUACUACAGGACUGACUGUGACUCCUCCGAGGCUGGCCUCUGCUCCUUCCCCAUGGCUAACAUCUCUCUGCUGAAGAAUGGCAGAGACCAGGUGAUGGCUCCUGGUCAGCCAUAUAGAGUGUCUCUGGAGCUGGAGCUGCCGGAGUCUCCAGUGAAUGAGCAGCUGGGGAUGUUCAUGGUCAAGAUGUCCUGCUACAGCCGAGAUGGACACACCACUGCAUCUGUCGCUCGCUCAGCCAUGCUGCACUUUCGCUCCAGUCUCCUCAAGACGCUGAGCACGCUGGUCUUCUCCCCACUGCUGCUGGCCGGCGUCUCCGAGCAGAAACAGCUCCUGGAGCUCGAGCUCUUCACAGACUACAAAGACAACUCGUACCAGCCUGCGGUGGGUGCAGUGAUUGAGAUCCAGUCACGCCGGGUGCAGGUGUACUCUGCCCAGCUCAGGAUCCAUGCCUACUUCACUGGCAUCAGGUACGUGCUGUAUAACUUCCCUCUGGGCUCGGCGGUGGUGGGCGUGAGCAGCAACUUCCUGUUCCUCAGCGUGGUCGUGCUCUUCGGCUACCUGCAGAUCAUCUGGGGUGGCCUCUGGCCACCGGAGCAGGUCAGGGUCCGGGUGAUGAUGGGGGAUACGACUCGACUGCAGCAGAGGAGAGAGGAGGCUCGCAAGCGCAUGUCAGCAACCAGCCAGCAGAUUAAGAGGCCUGACACGGAAAGGGAGCCCUCUACUGGCACAACACAAGAGCUGCAGCCCCCAGGCAGCGCACUGAGAAAGGGUGAACUAGAAACUACAGAGACUUUAAAUCGAGCUGAUGUGCCAGAAGACAACAAUACAGGUGAACUAGAAACUACAGAGACUGUCUCUUUAAAUCAAGAUGAUGUGCCAGAAGACAUCAAUACAGGUGAACUAGAAACUGCAGAGAUUGGCUCUUUAAAUCCAGCUGAUGUGCCAGAAGACAACAAUACAGUGCAGGCCCUGUCAGACUGCUGGUCUGAGGAGGCGGUGUUGCUGGAGGCUCCUGGGGUGUCGGGGGUGAGCAAGCUGGACCCCUCCACUGCUGCCAUGGAGACGCCCCCACACACACAACACACACUCAGCAGCGACUGCAGCCUGAGACAGAGACACUGAAAUAUGACACACACACACACACACACACACACACUCUACACACACAACACACACUCAGCAGCGACUGCAGCCUGAGAAAGAGACGCUGAAAUGUGACACACACACACACACACACACAUACACACACAACACACACUCAUCAGCGACUGCAGCCUGAGACAGAGACGCUGAAAUGUGACACACACACACUUAAUAUAUUCACAAGGACCAACAAGUCUACGUUUUACUGCACAGUUAAAUAACCUAUGGAACUGUCUUAGUUACACACAUACACCACACACACACACACACACACACACUCUCACAUACAGUACACACAUUCUUAAUAUAUUCACAAGGAGCAACAAGUCUUAGUUUUACUGCACAGUUAAAUAACCUAUAGAACUUGCGUGCGUGCGUGCGUGCGUGUCCUACACUGGAUUACUGUUUGUUUUAGUUUUGUGAUACAUCUCCAGAAUGUUACUAAUGCACAGAUACCCAGUAAACUUUAAAAAUAUGUACACACACACACACACACACACACGCUUGUAGAUCCCCAAAGCAUAAGACCAACACCAUUAUAUAGACGCACAAAGCACAUACGCACACUGACCACUCACAGCUUGGUGUGUGUUGUGGUCAUCCCAGCUUGGUGUGUGUUGUGCAUCCUUUCCUGCCUCUACAAGUAAGCACUCUUUCACUUAUGCAUCCCUUGUUCUCUCUCUCUCUCUGUCUCUCUCUCUCUCUGUCCCCUGUUUAUCUGUGGAAGUUGGGUGUUUGAACACUCUGGUCCAUGUCACUGUGCGGAUAACACUCCACUUCUGUGAUUGGUCAGUGACCCAGAUGCAUUGUGGCCCUCAGCAUAGCUCUGUGGCUAACCUGAUGCGCCGUGAGAAUGUUGUUGUAUCAAGUGCACCUUUAGAUCUCAAGUACUGGUUUAGUAUUGAUUUAAAUUAUUUAAUUUUAAGCUAUCAAACAUUCAGAAUGAUUGAUAACAAAGGUUGAAAAGACCACACAGAGACUUUUAUUAUGGGGUGGGCUUUAUUACAGUCUGUUUUAGCUAAGUAGUUUUGCUUUGUUAUUUCUGAAGGAAACAUACGUGUUGAUUUGACAAAACUUUGAGUUUGUGGAAAGAUGAAUGCCGCUGGAACUCUGUUACUCUUUAUGUUAUAUUGAAAUGAAGACUUUUCCCACCCCAGUCAGGGAAUAUUCCAGACUUCCUCUUUUCCCACCCCAGUCAGGGAAUAUUCCAGACUUCCUCUUUUCCCACCCCAGUCAGGGAAUAUUCCAGAUUUCCUCUUUUCCCACCCCAGUCAGGGAAUAUUCCAGAUUUCCUCUUUGUUUUCUGACCUCAUGUCUGCCCAGUCCAGAUAUUUACGUUGAAGGGUACCUUUGCUACAAGUCCACUCAGCUGUUUUAUUUUGGGCCGUAGUGAAAUCAUGUGCAUCCCUGUAACAGGUGACCAAAUAUCUAAGUAUUUAUGUGUUAUUAUUUAAGCCUUAAUAAAUGCUGUUGCAAGAU